AAGUGGGAUUAUUAUUCAUAAAUCUUGUUAUAAUAUCAAACUCACCACCACCGACACACACCGACAUUUUCUCUGGGUCAAUGGAACUUCCAAUUCCAUAACACUAAGAACAAAAUCUCAUCUCUGCACUAACUUCAUCAAGAUUCAAUCUUGUCUUCAUUCUUUACAUGAUUUACACUCACAAAGUUCCCAUUUUUAUAAGAACUUCAAUUCAGUACAAUUCUUCAUCAAAACACUCUUAAAAAUCUUAUCUUUUUCAUUCUCUCUCAUGGCCUGCAAAUAUGGUACUUUGAUUAUCAUCUCCAUCACCCAAUUGCUCGCUUUCUUAAUUUUUCCACAAUUCGCUCAAUCCGACCCUUCCGAUUGUUCCCACCGUUGGAUCCAUAUCCGCCGUCUACCGCCAAGAUUCAAUCUUGAUCUCUUGGCCAACUGCUCCGAAUACCCACUUUCCGGUGACUUCUGCUCUUACUUGCCUAACCAUGGUUUGGGCCACAAGACCCACAAUCGCUCCCGCAGCUGGUACCGAACAGACCCUUCAAUGCUCGAACUCGUCUUCCAUAGCCGGAUGCUCGAGUACCCAUGUCUCACUUCAGAUCCCGCCGCCGCUGACGCCGUUUACCUCCCUUACUACGCUGGAAUUGAUGCUCUUCGAUACUUGUACGGUCCCGACUAUAACUCCAGCGCCGAACACGGACUUGACUUGUUCCAAUUCUUGCAGAAGGACGAGCCCGCCGCGUGGAGACGGAACAUGGGUCACGACCAUUUCUUGGUCAUGGCUCGUCCUGCGUGGGAUUUCUCUCAGCCUCCCGGUAAUGACCCUCCGCUUUGGGGAACAUCGUUUCUAGAACUGCCCGAGUUCUUUAACGUCACGGCUUUAACGGUUGAGGCCCGCGCCUGGCCAUGGCAGGAUCAGGCAGUGCCUUAUCCGACGUCGUUUCAUCCUCCCAAUCUAUCGUUCCUCGAGGCUUGGACUCAACGUGUUCGCCGCGCGAAACGGAGCACUCUGGUGCUCUUCGUCGGCGGCGGUGGAGUUUCCGCCACACCCAAUAUUCGUCGGAGCAUAAGGAACGAGUGUGAGAACACGACAACUCUGUGCAGCAUUGUCGAUUGCUCUAAUGGGAUUUGCGAGCACGACCCGAUUCGGUUCAUGAAGCCAAUGUUACAAGCGAGUUUUUGUCUUCAACCGCCGGGGGAUACUCCUACACGGAGGUCCACCUUCGACAGCAUUCUAGCCGGGUGUAUCCCUGUGUUCUUCGAGGAGCUUUCGGCGAGGUCGCAGUACACGUGGCACUUGCCGGAGGAUCAGUUCGAGGAAUUCUCAGUGACUAUUCCCAAGGAGGAAGUGGUGUUCAAAGGGUUGAGAAUACUCGAUGUGUUGAGUAGUAUUCCCAGAGCUAAAGUCAAGAGUUUAAGAGAGAAAGUUAUAGAGUUAAUACCAAAGAUUAUGUAUAGAAGACAUGGAAGUUCGAUGGGGUUGAGAACCAAGAAAGAUGCUUUCGAUAUAGCCAUUGAUGGUACUCUUCGGAGGAUUAAGUCUAGACUUGAAGAACAAGUCUCUGUUCAGUGACCUUAGUUUCUUUUUCUUUAUUAUUGUAAUUAUUUAUUAACUAUAUAUAUAAACAUAUAUUUUUUCCUCUUGUAAUUGUAAGUUAUGAGAGUUUAUAGCUUCAUAAUUUAAGUUUCAUUAGAAGUUUAUAAAUGUAUCAUCAAUUUUGGCAGUCUCUAUGGUAUCUUAAAUUUACUGA